CGGUGAAAGAGCCCAACGGAACCGAGGGACACUUCGUAAGCAAAGAAACAACGAGAUCUACGGCGAUAAAUGAGCCGCCAUCGCAACGUCCGCAACCGCGCGUACUCGUACGAUGAUGAAGACUACGAUGAUGAUUACAACUACGACGAGCCGUCUCCGAGUGCACAAUCGCACAUCUAUCGCCGGGACUCGCCGACAAAGCAGAGCUCUGUCUUUUCGUUCAUCGACACGCACCAUCCACCCGAUGGCGAGGACGCGUUCGACGACACAGAGUUGGCACUGCCGCUGCUCGAUCAGAUCCGCAGCACCAUCGACGUGUCGUCCAUGUCGGACGAGUUCCUCGUCGACCAAAUCCGCGUGCACAACUACGACUUGGACAAAGCCAUAAUUGGGCUCAUGGAGCACAAGAAACGAACGACGUCUCAGACUGCAGUGAGCGCACUACCGACGCAGGUGGUCCUGCCCAAGGUACAAGCGUUGGCUCUAGGGGACAAACCCAAGCCACCGACGAAAUCGACCACCAAAGGAAGCGCGUCUUCCGCCGUCGCGACAGUUCCGGCGCCGUCCGCCAAAGCCCCCGCGGGUGCCAUCGCCGGCGGUGGGGUGUACCAGAUGCUGACGCCGACGGAGCGCGCGGCGUUUGAAAAGGCGGAGCGGGCGGCCCAAGGCAAGGCGGCGGCGGCACAUUCCCAGACCGACGGCAAAGCCAAAAUCAACAUGGUCGUGAUUGGACAUGUGGAUGCGGGCAAGAGUACAAUCACGGGGCACCUGCUGUUUCGACUUGGAUACGUGUCCAAACAAAUCAUGCACAAGUACGAAAAGCAGAGCCGCGACGCCGGCAAAGCGUCGUUUGCGUUUGCGUGGGUCAUGGAUGCCGACGAAGAAGAGCGGGCGCGUGGGGUGACCAUGGACGUCGGCACGUCGUACUUUGCCACGUCAUCCAAGCAUGUGACGCUUCUGGACGCGCCAGGACAUCGCGACUUUAUCCCCAAGAUGAUUGCCGGCGCAUCGCAGGCGGACGUGGCGGUGCUGGUGGUGCCGGCAUCCACGGGUGAGUUCGAAGGAUCUUUUGAAAGGGAUGGCCAGACGAAGGAGCAUACGCUGCUGGUGCGCAGUCUGGGCGUGAGCCAGAUGAUAGUUGCCGUCAACAAGAUGGACUCUGUGAAUUGGUCCCAAGCCCGAUUUGAGUACAUCCAAACGACAUUGCGGGCGUUUUUGCAGCAGUCAGGCUUCAAGCUCGACCAGUUGUGGUUUGUUCCUGUGAGCGGGCUCUCGGGGACGAACUUGAUAGCGCCCCCGGACUUGGCAGACGCGGCAUGGUACUCUGGGCCAACGUUGGUGCAGGCUAUUGAUAAUUUUGCGCCACCACAACGCCCAAUCACAAAACCGUUCCGGAUGGGCAUCUCGGACGUGUCCAAGUCGAUGAGUCUUGGGCUAACAGUCUCAGGGCGCGUCUACACUGGAGCGUUGAGCACGGGCGACACGGUGUUGUUGAUGCCGGGGGGAGUGCGUGCUACCGUAAAAGCCAUCGAGAUGAACGGCCUGCCGGUGCUGCUGGCGUCCGCAGGUGAUAAUGUGGACGUGGGGCUGGCGGGGCUCGACCCGUCGGCGCUGCAUGUGGGCGGCCUCUUGUGCUCGGUCGUGUCCCCAGUUCGGAUGGUGCGCAAGUUUGAGGCGCAGAUCAUGACCAUGCCAGGCGUCGAAGUGCCGCUGGUAAAGGGCACAUGUGUGACACUGCACAUCCACAGCGUCGACGAGCCGGUGCACGUAACGCGCCUCGUGAGCACUCUGAAAAAGUCGGGCGAAGUGGACAAGAAAAAGCCGCGCUGUAUCACACGCAACAGUUCGGCGGUCGUGCAAAUCUCGAGCCAGCGUCCACUGGGACUCGAACUGUUCAGCGAGUUCCGAAACCUCGGCCGAUUCACGCUGCGCGACCGCGGCGUAACGUUGGCCGCCGGCAUUGUCAGUGAAAUCCUCCUCUAGACAAUAACCAUGGAGUCAUAUACACAACCCACGACACGUUGUCGCAUAUUCUAUUUGGCCACGGAGCUUGGUGUUUUCAAC